GCCGCCCGCCAGCCCGCCGUCCGCCGCCCGCGGCCCCUCGCGGUUUGGCGGGUCUCCUCUUUGUCCGCCCCGGCCCGUCCGGCGCCGAGCUCCCGGUCCCCGGGCCGGUUGCCCGCGGCGCUCGGUGCCGGCUGGGCGCGCAGGGGGCGGGGGCCGCGACUCGCCCCCCGCGGAUGAGCAGCCGCGGAGCGCGGGCGGACGAUGGAACUCCACAUCCUGGAGCACCGGCUGCAAGUUGCCAGCGUCGCCAAGGAGAGUAUCCCGCUCUUCACCUACGGCCUGAUCAAACUUGCCUUCCUGUCCUCCAAGACCAGGUGCAAGUUCUUCAGUCUGACCGAGACCCCGGAGGAUUACACCAUCAUUGUCGAUGAGGAGGGCUUCUUGGAGCUGCCCUCCUCAGAACACCUGAGCGUGGCCGACGCCACCUGGCUGGCCCUCAACGUGGUGUCAGGAGGUGGCAGCUUCUCCAGCUCCCAGCCCAUCGGUGUGACCAAGAUCGCCAAGUCCGUCAUCGCCCCGCUGGCCGACCAGAACAUCUCCGUGUUCAUGCUGUCCACGUACCAGACGGACUUCAUCCUGGUGCGUGAGCGGGACCUGCCCUUUGUCACCCACACCUUGUCGUCGGAGUUCACCAUCCUGCGGGUCGUCAAUGGCGAGACCGUGGCAGCUGAGAACCUCGGCAUCACCAACGGCUUCGUGAAGCCCAAGUUGGUCCAGAGGCCCGUCAUCCACCCGCUGUCCAGCCCGAGCAACAGGUUCUGUGUCACCAGCCUGGACCCCGACACGCUGCCUGCUGUUGCCACGCUCCUUAUGGACGUCAUGUUCUACUCCAACGGAGUGAAGGACCCCAUGGCGGCCGGCGACGACUGCGGCCACAUCCGCUUCUUUUCCUUCUCCCUCAUCGAGGGCUACAUCUCCCUGGUGAUGGACGUGCAGACCCAGCAGAGGUUUCCUAGUAACUUGUUGUUCACAAGCGCAUCUGGAGAGCUCUGGAAGAUGGUGCGGAUCGGAGGACAGCCCCUGGGAUUUGACGAGUGUGGCAUCGUGGCCCAGAUCUCCGAGCCUUUGGCUGCUGCCGACAUCCCCGCCUACUACAUCAGCACCUUCAAGUUCGACCAUGCCCUGGUUCCAGAAGAAAACAUCAACGGCGUCAUCAGUGCCCUGAAAGUCAGCCAAGCAGAGAAGCAUUAGAAGGGCCUCUUCCGCUCCUCCCUGUGCGCCCCCUGGCCUGGGCCCGGCCCCGCCCUAAAGACUUUGUUGCAGUAUUUCUCACCAGACUAGAAAAUCGGCCCCGGGCCCCCAAAGAAGGGGUGUCUAGGAGACGCUCCCGAUGGCUGACCCCACCAGCCCCGAGGCCCAAGCCAAGGCCUCCCCGUGCCCUCCUGCCUUCCCGGAGCCCCCAGACCCUCCGGAGAAGCUCCCCUGGCCUCCUCCCCCCACCCUCACCCCCACCCCCACCCCCACCCCAGGAAACACUGUCUGCGGUCCAGGGAGCCUGUGAGCUGACCCACCUUGUCAUCUGCCAGAGGGACCUGGCGCCUUCUCCAGGACACUGGGGUACCGAUUCUUGUGUCAUCUGGGGGGGGGGGCUGCGUGGGGCCGAGGUCACGGAGCCCGGGAGGGUCCUCGUGAGGAUGGGGGCUCUGGGUACUGGUCGCUGGUCUCUGGUUCCAUCGGCUCCGGGCUGGUUCCUGCAGAGUGGAGGCCAGUGGGCAGCCCUCUCGUCACGUGCUGGUGAGGCUCUGAGGGAGCAUGGGGGCGGGGGGCCUGAGCUGGAGGGACCCCCGGCCACCCAGAACCUUGCCUGCCAACCACAGGGCCUGCGCCCUGACUCCCAGCCAGACUGCCAAGAGGGCCCUGUCCAGACCAUCCCCAUCACAAGCACCUAGUCCUGGGGAGAGGGGGUCCCCAGGAGACCCACCAGCCUGGAGUACGAGCUCCUGUCCCCUCUCCUUUUCCCCUGGACCCUCCCCAGGCUGACGGAGCCUCGGUUUUUCCCAAGUGGGGGUGGCCCUGGCAUCCCAGGCCUGGGGUUUCUUAGGUGACCCCCACCUCCCCAGCAGUUGACUAGACCAGCACAGGGCUCCCCUGUCACCCUGCCCCACUUUGGGGGGACCGUGGAAGGCCUCUGCCCCCAACUCACCCGCCUACCCCAGCUGGGGGACCGUGGCGCUCACGAGUACUUGACCUGGGAGGCAGCUUGUCUGAGCCUUAACAGAGAGAAACCGAAUCUUGUUUUAGUUUCUUAUCUACUGUAUUUGCACCCGGGCUGCAGUCAGCAGGAGUUUCAGGGGACAGGGCUGCUGACGCUUUCGGGGACCCAGAGCUCAGCAUCACUUGGUUGGCAACCUGUGGCUCCAGGGACAAGCGUGCGAGUGGGAGCCCCUUCCCGAGGCCUUGGCCCUCCUUUUGGAGUGGGAUGCUGGGAGCAGAGGCUGGUUAUAGACAGGGCUCCCCAGGGCCCCCCCAGAGGCUGCCCGGCCAGCCCCGUGGAUGGGCGCAAGCAGAGUGGUUCCAUCUGAGCAUCAGAAGGGACCCAGGGGCCACGGGGAGGUGGACAUCCAGGUGGCAGCCCAGCCUUCACUCCUAUCUGUGCCUCCUCUCCCGCUGGGGGUGUCUUCCGAGUGAGCAGGACCUGAGGGACCCGCCUCGGUGCCUGGGCAGCAGGUGACACAUGCUGUCCCUGAGAAGCCCAGAGGAGAAGGGGCAUUCUUUUGGCCAAGCCCCACCUGCCCCUCUUCUCCAAGCCGCCUGGGGGAGCUGUGCGCUGGACCCUCACAGAGGUUCAGGGCCCAAGCACUGAUUCGGAACCCAUGGUUUUUGGUUUUUAAGUUAAUUCAUUUUGCACAAAACUCCCAAACAACCAAAACAUGUCAAGUGUUUGCUGGUGGCAGAAUGCAGGGGGGCCGCCUGGGCAGGGCAGCACGGCAAGCCCCAAGUCCCCUCUCUGCCCGUGGAAGGCCUCGGGUUUUCCGUAGUGCACCUCUCCCAGCCCCUUCCUGUCCAUUCCCCUCGCCGUGUCACCUCUCUGCCCCGUCGAGCAAGUGUGUCGGCCCCUUGACCCCCCCAGAAACGUGUGCUCCCCCUCCCCCUAGGACGUAUAUUGUACACACCUAUAAAUAGUUGUGUUUUAUGUUGAUAUAGAUAUAUACUGUAAAUAGCAUAUAUACUUGAGCAAUAUAUAUGUUAAUAUAUACUGCGUGAGUGCACACGUGUGCGUGUGUGUGUGUGUGUGUGGACGUGAGGGCCUUCGCUCCGCUGUGUCUGCCGUGCACACAGGCACGUUUUGAGCCACCGUGUAUUUUUAAUUCAAGUAUAUAGGCAAUACGAUUAUUAGAGACGCCGGCUGGCUCCUGGGCCCUGACUUGAGAGAAAAACUAAACCAGCAGCCCAGGACCUGAGCCCUGGGGCGGGUUCCGGGAGUCCCUACCCCCUCCUCCCCCAGUCUCCCCCAAACGCUGGAUUCGGCCCCUUCCCAUGGGCAGGGCCCCUGGACACGCUUAUCUUAUUUGGGGGGCAGUGGAACAGAGGGAGGAGCCGCUGGGUCAGAACACCCCCUGGCCGGAGCUCUCAGGUGGCAGCCGGCCGCCUUGCCAUCCAGGCCCACUCCCCACCCCGGCCCCGACCCCCACCCCACCCCGACCCCAACCCCUGACUUCUUUGACCUGCAGGGGUGGGAACCGCAGGCUCUCUCUCUCCCCAGGUCUCCUCCUGGGGACCGUCCCCGUCUGAGAAAAGGACGGAUGCCCUUGGUGUGGUUCGCAGGAGGGGUUGGCACAGGGACACCAUGGGCUGGCUACACAAGCGUGUGUCCAGCUGACGAGGCGGGAGCCGGAAACCCGCUCCCUCCCCUUCCCAGCCCCCACCCUCCUGCCGUGUGUGGAAGCAGGGCGCAGGGGUUUGGUCCCCACAACCUGGGGCAAGAGUGAAUGGUUAUCCUAGUGGCUCGCUGCCCCAUCUCAGCUUGGCUGGGUGCAGGGGACCCCAGACCCACAGAGGAGGGAGGGCGCGCUCGGCUCUGUCUGAGGGGUGAGCAGGUGGCCCUGGAGUAAGAAGAGCGCAAACCGUCCCAACGCCACCCUCUUGUCCCUCGCCCACCCGUGCCUGUGCACUGCUGGGCGCUUGAGCGCGGGCAGAGGACACGGGGAGCCAGGUCUGCCCGCUUAGCCCCCACCCCCAAUUAUAAAAAUCUGCCUCUUUGGUUCAGCCCUCAACAUGGGCUCCCCUGGUUCCUAAGAAACCCUUUUCUCCCUGAGCCCCGGUCCUGACCCAGCAAAGAGUUGGGCAGUGCCUGCUCUGUACCUCUGUCUCUAAAGCCCCCAGGAGGUAGCACGCACACCAGUGCCCUCAGCCCUGGGCACACUUCCAAGCAGGAGAGGCACGCAGACCUUCCUUCCCAGGAUUCAGGGGUCCAGAGCCCCUCAAGCACCAGCAUUCUCCCCCUCCCACCAACUCCUGGCCCCAGGUGGGGAGGGAGGGAGCCAGGUGAUCUGGAGUGGCUGCUGUGGCCUCCCUGUGCAGGUGGCAUGGGCCUCGGUGGCCAGUGUGUUACACAGAGGAUGCAUGGUCGGUUGGGGCUUGUUCCUUCUGAGGUGACAGAGGACGCCACGGAGGUGAGGGGAGACAGCUUGGGGAGAUGGGAAGGGCCAGGCUCCUACCCCAAGCCCAGGGCACCGUUUGCCUGAUAAUCAGAGAUGGACCUGCAUCCCCCCCACACACACCAGCCCCCUCUGGCCACAGUUCCCAGCCCCCCCGGGCCACCUUUCUGAGCCUCUGGAUCUGGAUGUGGGGACAGCUGGGAGCCUCCCAGGGUGUCCCACUCCAGCCCCUUGACUGAGGCAUUUGAUGCCCCUUCCUGUGUGAAAGCAGUGGGGUUUGGGGAGAAAGCACCCCCAAUAUAUCUGCCCACCGUAAGCCAGGACUGGGGAGCAGCAGGCCAGUCACUGCUGUCGCGGGCCCUGAGAAGCGGAGCGGGUCUUCGGCCUGGUGAGCGGAGCUUCGGGGAGGAUGACGGCAUCCCCAGUGCUGGAAAGACAAGGACCCGAGCUUUUCAGGUUUCCCAGUGCCGAGGCCGGGGCUGGGCCUGGAGGGGGCGUGGCCUCUAUUCAAAGAGGCCACCUGGGAGGGGAGUGGCCGAGGUGGUGGCCCGUGGUCAGACCUGCAGACGCGGGCUGUGGAAGAGUGGCCGGGGCACGUCACGGUGGGGGGGAGUUUGAGGCUGGGAAUAGCUCGAUACCUUUCCUACAUCUAGGAGCCCAUCCCGGCUCUUUUUCUUUUCUCUUUUUUUGCCUUUUCAGGGAUGCACUCUCAGUGUUCUUUUCUUUCUUUCAUUUUCAAAUUAGAGGCGGCAGAAGGAUGUUCCCUUAACCCCUUUCCCCCCGGGCUACCAGGGUGCGCCCCGUGGCCUCCAGCUUUGAAACCCUUGUCCUCCCAGGAAGCCUGCUUUCUUGGGAAGGGAAGGCGGAAGCUGUUGGCGGAGGCAGCCUGCCGUCCUGGGGGCUGAAGGCACCUGGAGUGGCCUGGAGCAGGGGUAGUCGCAUUGGACCUGACCUGGCCCGUGGGCAGCCUGGCCCGUGGGUAGCCUGGUGGGGAGGGAGCCUGUGGCUCUUGGUUCGAGUUGAGGGGAGGUGGUGAGAGCGCAGAGUGCUGGAGUCAGGACAGUGUUCUGGGCGUGACCACACGCGUGUAGACGUGAGCAUGAGCGUGUGCUGUGUACACAUGAGUGUGCAUGUGAGCCCACACGAGCAGAGUCCAGAUCCGAGUGAGGGGACUGGCUCAUUCAGUAUUUUGAGGCCUCGGAACCUUCUUACCCGGGGGCCACACGCUGCCCGGCCCCCCCUCGACCCUGUUAAAACUGUUCUGGCGAGGAGGGCAGGCAGAGCUGUUCCUAAGGAGCUCUGAUCCACUCUGCAGGGGGCCCGGCGGUCCACGCAGCCAGCCCCAAGGGGCAGACCUGCUGGGCCAGCUCUUCAGAAGCAGCCGGUCCUGAAGAAGCUACUUGCAGGGAGUGGUUUUGGGCACCGGGGCCCCUCGCCUGCUGGGGCUGGUCCACAAAGAGCGUCCAGCAACGUUGGCAGCGAGGGUGGAUGAGAAACAGACCAAGCCCAGUACGUUUUCCCGUCUGUCGCUUCACUUUGCCUGUUCAGAGCACAUGGUCCGGGAAGAACUGGUCGAGGUUGGUUCCAAAACCGGGGGCGGGGUUGGGGGACGAACAGCAGCAAAACCCCGAGCCCUCCUCUGCUCUUUGCCAAAAUCAUUUCCGUUAUCCUGAGCUGGGUGGGGGGAGUGGACGUUGGCUGCACAGCAGGGCUCGGGGGCCUCUGCCCUGCCCAGGGCCACAUCUUGGGGGUCUGGCCCUCCCCGGCACACCCGGGUCACCAGCAGCAGCAGCGGCACUUAGAUCCAUCCCAAGUCUGGGCGAGGGGAGGGCCGUGCAGCCUGCGCCCGGGGGCCCCUUGCUUUCUUUCCUUCUUGAAGAAACACAAACCCCGCAAGAUUCAUGUACUGUAUGACGGAGAGAUAAAAAAGUACCUGAUGUUCCCCCCAAAAGACAGUAUAUUUUGUACUUUGUAAAGUGUUCAUUAAAACGGAGGGAAGAAAAACGA